AUCGAAAAUUUUGGCUUUCGUUUGGUUCACAUAACACUCAAGUCAAAGCCAAAACCACAAUUUCUCCACGGAGGAAUUUAGUAUAAUUCCUUUCACAAAGUUAUUCAAUAUGAAGGAAUUCAUUUGCGCAUAAUUUGAGAGCCUAUCAUGUCCAAAACAUGUGCCGUUGCGAACUGUCCAACAGGACGAAAACCUACCGACGAAAGGAAGGCACUUUUCAGAGUUCCUUCUAAUUCUUCCUUGAGAAAACAAUGGGAGCGAGCAGUUCCUGGUUAUGGAGAUUCUAUUUCAUUGAAGAAGUCACAAUUUGUUUGCGAGAGACAUUUUGCCGAGCAAGACAUUGCGAGGAAGUUUAGGAAACGCGAUUCAAAUGGAAAGAUUAUAGCUGAGGUCACUUUAGCGGUUCCUCAUUUGGAAAAACAAGUCGUACCCUCUGUGUUUGAUGCAAGUGCAUAUGAACCUGAUGAGAGGCGUAUGCAAAGUCCAGUUAAUUUUCAACCAAUUUCAACGGUCAUUCCGAAAGAGUGCUCGUCAAAUAUCGUUCUCCCCAAGACCACAGAAAAACCUCCUCCAAAGCGCCGCUGUCAAAAAAUUGAAAGAGUUCCCGAACCAAAAUGUUCUAUAUUUGGCUGUCGUAACAAUUGGCGAACAUCAAGGAGACGGUGUGAGAACAUAUCCUAUCAUAAGUUCCCUCAAGCUGAUACAGCUGUACGUAAAAUUUGGAUACAACGAUGCGGCAAAAAAAGUCAAUAUUGGAAUCCUGAUUUGGCCCAUAUUUGUUCAAUCCACUUUCCCGAAGAAGAAUUCCUCACUGCCUUAGAGACAAAAUAUCCAGAAGUCGAUUUAGAUGCCGAUCCAGAAUUGAGAAAAUUGACACCAUCAGCUUUGCCAAGUCUCUACUUGGGAGAUGAUCUACCCCUACCCAAUCCAUCAAAGACCAAACCGGUAGAGUUGCGACUGGUUGAAGAAGUUGAAGAUGCCAUUAUCUGGCCGGAAGAUGAUACAGUUGUUGACCCGCUUCAAGUGGAAGAAUUUCCUAUAUCGUCCAAUAAUGCCUUGGCGGAUGGUGCUGAUCACAUCUUGCCGGAUAAUGUCAUCGUGGAAGAUCCUGUGUCUAAUGUCAUCGUGGAUCAAGUCUUGCCGGAUGAUGCCAUGGUGGAUCAUGUCUUGCCGGAUAAUGCCAUGGUGGAUCAUGCCUUUCCAGUUAAUGCCUUGGUGAAUGAUACCUUGUCGAAUAAUGCGUUGUCGAAGAAGAACUUGUCCAAUGAUGCAUUGUUGAAAAAUGACUUGUCGGAUAAUGCGUUGUUGAAGAAUGACUUGUCGAGUAAUGCAUUGUUGAAUAACGACUUGUCGGAUGAUGCAUUGUUGAAUAAUGACUUGUCAGAUGAUGCAUUGUUGAACAAGGACUCGUCGAAUGAUGCAUUGUUGAAUAAUGACUUUUCGGAUGAUACAUUAUUGAAUAAUGACUUUUCGGAUGAUACAUUAUUGAAUAAUGCCUUGUCCAAUGAUGACACAACCCUUAAAGCUUCUACGGAUGCUUGCACACAGACAGUCUUUUUUCCAAAAGAUGUAAAAAUCGGGAAAAUUGGAAAACCCACCCUUACCGACAUUUUUACGCAGACUGAAAUUGAAAUAAUAAAAGAGAAACCAGACCCAACUCAUUGUGCUACGCAAACUGAAAUUGAAAUAAAAAAGGAAAAAAUAGACCCAACUCAUUGUGCUACGCAAACUGAAAUUGAAAUAAAAAAGGAAAAAAUAGACCCAACUCAUUGUGCUACGCAAACUGAAAUUGAAAUAAAAAAUGAGAAAACACACACGACUGAUCGUGCUACGCAAACCAUCGUUGAAGCUCUAGAUUGUCGUAAGUGCGAUGCGGAAAAAGACUUGAAAUUGGCACUGGUCCGUUGUGAGGAACAUAUAAAACGUUUGAAAACAAAAGUUAGGUCAGUUGAAGGGUCACUCAAUCAGGCAAAUGCUGUGAUACAUCGAAAGAAUGAAGCUAACAUGAAGCUGGUCACAGAACUUGGUAAAAAACCAUCGGAUUUGGAUCGCGUGAUGUGCGGUAAAUGCGUAUACAACGAUGGCGAUAUGUUCAAAGCGCUAACAAUCAGGUACAUGAGUAGGCAGUGCUACUCGUAUUUAACAGACACAUUAAAAUAUCCGUUUCCGAGCGUAUCGCGUAUUCGAACAUGGGCCAACAAAAUCAACUUGAGAGAAGGUAUCCUAGAAGAUGUUUUCGGAUUCAUCAAAAUAGCAGGAUCGACAAUGACAGACGUUGAAAAAGUUGUGAUCUUGCAGAUGGACCAGAUAAAAGUUCAAUCUGUUUACGAAUACGAUGAAUAUGAGGAUGAUAUUAUAGGCCAGUACAAUUACAUGCAAGUUAUUACGGCCCGGAGUUUGUUUGCUGAUUGGAAACAACCCGUCUACAUAGAAUUCGACACGUUAAUAACUGGAGCAAAGUUAUGUACAGUGAUAAGGGAGUUACACGAAUUAUCUAUCAACGUUGUGGCUUGCGUUUGUAACCCAGCUAUGGAGAUGUUCAUCUGGAAGGAGCUCGGCAUCUCCUCAAAAAACACACAUUUCAGAAAUCCCUCGACAGGAGCUCCGGUACAUGUCUUCUCCGAUACGCCAUACCUGCUGAAAUUAUUGCGUGCCAGAUUUCUCCAAUAUGGAUUUGUGUUUGGUGAAAAUAAGAUCUCAGCAAAAUUGUUGGAGUGUUUGCUCGACAAGACUAUUGCAGGGAAAGAUGACGAGUUCAGAUUUACCGAGGCCCAUUUAACUAUGUCCAACGACGUGAAAGAGCAAAGUGUCACACUAGCCACUCAACUGAUGAGCAGCGAAACUGCGAGUGCGCUGCGAAAUCAUUUUGCGGACAACAAGAACAAAUCUGUUGAAAACCUAAGCACAUUUAUGGAAAAUAUCGAUAAUUGGUAUCAACUAGCAAAUGCAAGACCUUCGUCUUGCACCCCUUACGGUACGGACAUAAAGUAUCAGAGUUUUGUUCUGCUCAUCGUUCUCAACCUGAUCAGAAUACUCCGAUGUCAACGAAGACCGAACAUGAGAGAUUUUCAGAUUGGCAUAGCACUAUCCAUCGAGUCACUGAGGUCAUUGUUUCUGGAUAUGAAAAUGAAAUAUGACAUAAAUUUCAUUAGAACUGAUCGAUUGAACAUGCAAGACUCCCUGGAAGACAUGUUCGCCACGCGUCAAGGCAACAGACAACCUCGUCGAGCCCCAACGCCUGUACAAGCGCUUCGUAAAAUAAGAUCAGUCGUUCUCGGAAACGAUUCCAGCAUUGUAAAACAAGAUGAAAAUGUGGUGUCAGAAUCACGUGAUCAUUAUAUUGUACAAAAGGUAUUGCAAACAGCUGAGAUACCUCAUACAUCUGAUUCUCCGUUACCCACGUCGUCUAAUCAAGAUUCUUUGUUGCACAUUCCAUCUCCUGAUAUUAACUGCCCUACCGAAGACAACACUCCAAAAUAUUUGGCUGGAUGGUUGGCCACGCGAUACGGAGAUAGGUUUCCCAAUGUGUUUUUUUCAGGCAAUGAGUCUAACGCAGAGAAUGCGAGAAAGCCUUCUAAAAUGUGGUUACUAAAGGCACGUACAAUGGAUUGCAUAUUUAGAAAUUAUCACAAAAAUGGUACCUUCCAGAGAGGUAAAGGUGUGACGAAAAAUGUUAUAGAACUUAUGGUGAAAAAAUUCGGACAUUUCAUGCCGCGGGAUGUGAUCCGCGCAUUUGUCAUGCAACGCACUUUACUAAAGUUAAACCUCGAAAACUCCAAAGUCAACGGUCACAACAGCUGAGGGGUGAAACGGAAAAUUAGCGACAAAAAUGAAUGAAAGCAGAAAAACCGAUCAAGAAAAAGACCUUGCAGUAAAAAUUGUUGCUGGCCUGUCGAUAAUUCAUCGUUAGUACGAUGUGUGAGUAGAUUUGAGCUCAUGAUUUCCAUUAUCGAUGCAAUUUCCACCAUAACAAAGUGUUGAGAAAACUUGGAAAAUCAUAGCAGUCGAAGACUUGAUGAAUUCUUGAGGUCUAAUUUCCAGAACGAACAUCGUUGUAAAUAAAAGAGUUCGAAUAAAAAAAUUGAUCUCACGUCGAAAA